CGUUGAUCAAGAAUUUCCACUUGCUCUGGGAUGGGCCCUAAAAGAGAAUAUGAAAUUUGAUAACAAAGGUGCUGGAAAACGUAUGACAAAAAAAGUAAUACAAUAUUUGCAAGGAUAUUUUUUAGCAGGCAACUUGAGAGCUGAAGAUCGUUACUCACCUGAAGCUAUGCAUGCAGAUUUAGAAGAUCUGGCAGCAAUUGGAGAACUUACUUUUGAAGAAAUACUGACAGUAAAAACCAUAAAAGUUGGAUAG